CAGUCGUUACAGCGCAUGCGCUUUGAUCGAGUUUAUAAAUAAAUAUUUUGGCUAAACUUGAGAUUUGCUGUUAUAAUGGUCUUACAAAACAGCGGAAGAUAUAAAGCGGAGCGGGGAGGAGGAGAUCAGGAUAACCAGCAGGAUGAUGCGUCUUCCAUGUCUGCUGCCAAGCGCCUUGAGCGCAGUCAGUUCACUGAUGAUAUGGAUGCCCGCUAUGGCUUCGAACGGAUGAAAGAACCAGGAGAAAAAACUGGCUGGUUGAUCAACAUGCAUCCAGCAGAGAUUUUGGAUGACGAUAAAAGGAUGAUCAGUGCUGUGGAUUACUAUUUUAUACAGGAGGAUGGCAGUAGAUUUAAGGUUGCGUUGCCGUAUAAACCAUACUUCUAUGUUGCCACUAAAAAGAACUGUGAAAGGGAAGUGAUCUCCUUCUUGUCAAAGAAGUUCCAAGGGAAAAUAGCAAAGCUAGACACUGUUCCCAAGGAAGAUCUAGAUUUGCCGAACCACCUGGUGGGGCUGAGGAGGAACUACAUCAAGCUGUCCUUUAACACGGUGGACGAUCUCAUCAAAGUGAAGCGAGAGAUCUCACCUGCUGUUAGAAAGAACAGGGAGAGAGAAAAAUCCAACGAUGCUUACACUAGCAUGCUGUCCAGUGCACUGGUAGGUGGAAGUGUAAUGGCGGAUGAAGAAGAUGGCACAAUGAAGAAAAUGUCUGACCAGCUGGACAACGUUGUGGACAUGAGGGAGUAUGACGUGCCGUACCAUGUUAGACUGUCGAUUGACCUCAAGAUCCAUGUGGCUCACUGGUAUAAUGUGCGGUACCGGGGGAGUGCUUACCCUCCUGAGAUUGUGCGUAGGGAUGACCUUGUAGAGAGACCUGAUCCUGUAGUUUUGGCAUUUGAUAUUGAGACGACUAAGCUUCCUCUGAAGUUCCCUGAUGCCGAAAUUGACCAGAUCAUGAUGAUCUCGUACAUGAUCGAUGGGCAGGGGUUUCUCAUCACGAAUCGAGAGAUUGUUUCAGAGGACAUUGAGGAUUUUGAGUUCACCCCUAAGCCAGAAUACGAAGGCCCUUUCACUGUGUUUAAUGAACCUGACGAGGCUGCUCUUAUUCAGAGAUGGUUCGAGCAUAUCCAUGAGACCAAACCUAAUAUUUUUGUGACUUACAAUGGUGACUUCUUUGACUGGCCGUUUGUGGAGACCCGUGCAGCGGUUCAUGGUCUCAAUAUGUACCAGGAGAUCGGCUUUCAGAAAGACGGCCAGGGAGAGUACAAAGCCAGCCAGUCUCUUCACAUGGACUGUCUCAGGUGGGUAAAGAGAGACAGUUACCUGCCGGUCGGUAGCCAUAACCUGAAGGCAGCAGCAAAGGCCAAGCUGAGUUAUGAUCCGGUUGAACUGGAUCCAGAGGAAAUGUGCCGCAUGGCCACUGAAGAGCCACAGACUUUGGCCACCUACUCGGUGUCUGAUGCUGUGGCCACCUACUACCUCUACAUGAAAUACGUUCAUCCCUUUAUUUUUGCCCUGUGCACUAUUAUACCCAUGGAGCCCGAUGAGGUGUUGCGCAAAGGUUCAGGAACGCUGUGUGAGGCGUUGUUGAUGGUGCAGGCUUUCCACGUCAACAUCGUCUUCCCCAACAAGCAAGAACAGGUGUUUAAUAAGCUAACAGAUGACGGCCAUGUUCUAGACUCUGAGACCUACGUGGGAGGCCACGUCGAGGCUCUGGAGUCCGGCGUAUUCCGCAGCGACAUACCAUGUCGCUUCAAAAUGAAUCCUGCAGCAUUUGACUUCCUGCUCCAGAGGGUAGAGAGAACCCUUCGGCAUGCAAUUGAAGAAGAGGAGAAAAUUCCACUGGAACAAAUUACUAACUUUAAUGAGGUUUGCGAUGAGAUCAAGAGGAAGCUGAUUUCUUUGAAGGAGGUGCCGAACAGGAUUGAGUGUCCACUUAUUUACCAUCUUGAUGUUGGGGCCAUGUACCCCAACAUUAUUCUCACCAACAGACUGCAGCCAUCCGCCAUGGUUGAUGAGGCUACCUGUGCGGCGUGUGAUUUUAAUAAACCUGGUGCCACCUGCCAGAGGAAAAUGGCCUGGCGGUGGAGAGGAGAGAUCAUGCCGGCCAGUCGCAGUGAGUUCCAUCGUAUACAGCAGCAGCUGGAGUCAGAGAAGUUCCCCCCUCUGUUUCCUAAUGGGAGACCACGUGCCUUUCAUGAGCUAAACAGGGAGGAGCAGGCCCGCCACGAGAAGAAACGUCUAGGAGACUACUGUAGAAAGGCCUAUAAGAAGGUUCAUUUGACAAGAUUGGAGAAGAAAGUCACCACCAUCUGUCAGAGAGAAAACUCCUUCUAUGUCGACACGGUUCGAGCCUUCAGGGAUCGCCGAUAUGAAUUCAAAGGACUGCACAAGGUGUGGAAGAAGAAGCUGACUGCAGCUCAGGAGAAAGGCGAUGCAGCUGAAGUGAAGCGCUGUAAAAACAUGGAGAUCCUGUAUGAGUCUCUGCAGCUGGCUCACAAGUGCAUCCUUAACUCUUUCUAUGGAUACGUCAUGAGGAAAGGAGCACGAUGGUACUCCAUGGAGAUGGCGGGUAUCGUGUGUCACACAGGGGCCAACAUCAUCACACAGGCUAGAGAACUGAUUGAGCAGAUUGGGAGACCUUUAGAACUGGACACGGAUGGUAUUUGGUGUGUCCUUCCUAACUCCUUCCCUGAGAACUUUGUCAUCAAGUCCAGCAAUGAGAAGAAACCCAAAGUGACUAUUAGUUACCCUGGUGCCAUGCUCAACAUUAUGGUCAAGGAAGGUUUUACUAAUCAUCAGUACCAGGAGCUUGUGGACCCGGCCUCUCUGGCGUAUGAAACGAGAUCAGAGAACAGCAUUUUCUUUGAGGUGGAUGGGCCGUACCUGGCUAUGAUCCUGCCAGCCUCCAAAGAGGAGGGCAAGAAGCUAAAGAAGAGGUAUGCUGUAUUCAAUGAGGACGGCUCUCUGGCCGAGUUAAAGGGGUUUGAGAUAAAGCGAAGAGGAGAACUACAGCUCAUCAAGAUCUUUCAGUCCUCCGUGUUCGAGGCUUUCCUUAAGGGCACCACUCUUGAGGAGGUCUACGCCUCCGUCGCCAAAGUGGCUGACUACUGGCUGGACGUACUCUACAGCAAGGCAGCGAACAUGCCAGAUGCCGAGUUGUUUGAGCUGAUUUCAGAGAAUCGCUCCAUGUCUCGGAAGCUAGAGGACUACGGCGAGCAAAAGUCCACGUCCAUUAGUACCGCUAAACGUCUGGCUGAGUUCCUGGGAGAUCAGAUGGUUAAGGAUGCAGGGCUCAGCUGCCGUUACGUCAUCUCUCGCAAACCUGAGGGCUCUCCUGUUACCGAGAGGGCAAUUCCACUAGCCAUAUUUCAGGCGGAAGCUAGUGUCAAGAAGCAUUUCCUGCGCAAAUGGCUGAAGAUGCCCAGUCUGCAUGACCUGGAUAUCAGAUCGAUCUUGGACUGGGGUUACUACAUUGAAAGGUUGGGCAGUGCAAUACAGAAGAUCAUCACCAUUCCAGCGGCGCUACAGCAGGUGAAAAAUCCUGUGCCGCGAGUGCGCCAUCCAGACUGGCUACAUAAGAAGCUUUUGGAAAAGAACGACAUCUACAAACAAAAGAAAAUCAGUGAGAUGUUCACCAGUGAAGGAAAGAGACAGGUGACCCCACAGACAGACGUGGGUGAGGCGCCUGAUAUGGAGGAUUUUGGUGUCGCGCAACGCCCACUGCAGCCUGCCGUCCUCAUCAGCACUAAGCGGAAACGAGCCUCUCAGGGCGAGGACAGUCAGAUGGAGUCUCAGGAGCUUGAGCUUACCCAAUCCUGGAGAGAAAUACUGGGACCCCCACCACCUAUGGGAAAGACACAGGAGGAGAGACUGGUCUGGCUGCGCUACCAUAAGAAGAAAUGGGAGCUGCAAAUAAGACAGAGGAAGGAGCGCAGGAAGAGACGGCGCAAGCUCGAUGGAGAGUCUCAGCCGACCGGAGGUGGAGUGAUCAGGGACGGACCUACCACGGGGCUCGGCAGCUUCCUGCGCAGGACGGCACGGAGCAUUCUGGAUAUGCCCUGGCAAAUAGUGCAGAUUGCAGAAACCAGCCAUCCAGGCCUGUAUAAGCUAUGGUCGGUGAUUGGCACUGACCUGCACUGCAUGAAGCUUAACAUCCCACGAGUGUUUUACGUCAAUCAAAGAGUCCCCAAGCAGGAAGAGGGAGCCACAUACAAAAAGGUGAACCGGAUUCUACCGCGCUCCAACAUCGUGUAUUACCUGUACCAGUACUCCGUGCCAGAGGACAUGUAUCAGGAACACAUCAACGAGAUCAAUGCUGACCUCUCUGCCCCAGACAUAGAGGGCGUCUAUGAGACACAGGUGCCGCUGUUGUUUCGGGCUCUGGUGCAGCUUGGGUGCGUGUGUAUGGUCAAUAAGCAGGUGGUGAGGGCACUAAAUGGACGAGAGGCAGACACCUAUGACCUGGAGCACCUGGAGAUGAGAUCGCUUGCUCAGUUCAGUUAUUUGGAGCCAGGCAGUGUGAGACACAUCUACCUAUACCAUCACAGUCAGGGCCAUAAGGCUCUGUUUGGCCUCUUCAUCCCAUCUCAGCGCAAAGCCAGCGUCUUUGUCCUCGACACGGUUCGAAGUAACCAGAUGCCGAACUUGAGCACUCUGUACGGAGCGGAACGCACUGCUCUACUGGAGAAAACUUCAGAGGAGCUGCUGCCACCAGAGAAGCAUCUGUUUGAAGUCCGAGCUGAAAACGAUGUCAAGGCCAUUUACCGUGCAGUGCAGCGCAUCCUGCUCAGCUAUAAAGAGGAGAGACGAGGACCCACUCUGAUUGCUGUGCAGUCUAACUGGGACCAGCGCCGACUGGCUGCUGGCAUGACCGUGCUGGAGGAAUUUCCUGUGGUUCCUGUGCAUGUGACUGAUGAGAUCAGUUACAAUGUGCUGGAUUGGCAGCGCCACGGAGCCCGCCGUAUGAUCAAGCACUACCUGAACUUGGACAGCUGUCUUUCACAGGCCUUCGACAUGGCCAGGUACUACCACCUGCCUGUAGGCAAUUUGCCUGAGGAUAUAUCAAUAUUUGGCUCCGACCUGUUUCUGGCACGCCACCUGCGGAAACACAACCACUUGUUGUGGCUCUCUCCCACCGCACGACCCGAUCUCGGAGGCAAGGAGGCCGACGACAGCCGCCUGGUGAUGGAGAGCGAUGAGCGGGGCUCUGUGGAGAUCGACACACGGGGCUGCUUCUCCACAGUGUGUGUGGAGCUGGACAUUCAGAGCUUGGCAGUGAACACCAUUCUCCAGUCUCAGCAUGUGAACGACAUGGAGGGCGGCGCCAGCAUUGGUGUGAGUUUUGAUGUCAUCCAGCACGCGUCGCUGGAGGAUAUGAUGUCUGGAAACCAAGGAACAAGCGCUGUGGCUAGCUACGACGAGACUGCUCUGUGUUCCAACACAUUCAGGAUCUUGAAGAGUAUGGUGGUAGGCUGGGUGCGGGAAAUCACACAAUACCACAACGUUUACGCUGAUAAUCAGGUGAUGCACUUCUACCGCUGGCUGCGCUCUCCCAGUUCUCUCCUAUAUGACCCGGCUCUGCACCGCACGCUGCUCAAUAUGAUGAAGAAGAUCUUUCUGCAACUGAUUGCUGAGUUUAAGCGUCUGGGAUCCUCUGUGGUCUAUGGGAAUUUUAACCGUAUUAUCCUCAGCACCAAAAAGCGCAGAAUCGAUGAUGCCCUCGCGUAUGUGGAGUACAUCACCAACAGUAUCCAUUCGCGGGAGAUCUUUCACUCUCUGUCCAUCACCUUCUCUCGGUGCUGGGAGUUCCUGCUGUGGAUGGAUCCUGCUAACUACGGUGGAGUGAAGGGGAAAGUGCCUUCCAGCAUCAUGUAUGGAGAGAAUGGUGUUGGAAAGAAGAAGAAGAAAGGAGAAAGCGGAGGAGAGGAUGAGGGCAGUGAUGAUGAUGAGGAUGAAGCCGAUGAACCAGAAAAUGAAGAGCAGGAUGGAGAUGAGGAGGUUGAGGAGUUAAUUGAGAGCAACUGGAACAUCAUGCAGUAUCUGCCUCAGGCGGCUUCCUGUCAGAAAUACUUCCUAAUGAUUAUAUCAGCUUACAUAGCUGCUGUGUAUCACAGCAUGAGGGAGGAGCUCCGGCGGAACGCUCCUGGAGCCACACCCAUCAAGAGACGGGGUGCAAGUCAGGCAACACAACAGCCUGCUGAUGUCAGUGCACUUCCUGGUAUGAUUACAUUCUCUCAGGAGUAUGUAUCAAGCGAGCUUACCCAGAACAUCUUCACCAUCACACAGAAGAUCCAGAAGAAAGUCUGUGGAACCCGCAGCGUCGCUCAGCCGUCUGAAAUGUUCCCUGUGCUGCCGGGAUCUCACCUCCCCCUUAACAACCCUGCCCUGGAGUUCAUCAAAUAUGUCUGUCAGGUUCUCUUGCUGGAUGCUAACAUAGUGAACCAGGUGAAUAAGCUCAAGCGGGAUCUCCUGCGAUUGGUCGAUGUUGGAGAGUUCUCUGAGGAUUCACAGUUCUGUGAUCCAUGCAACUCCUACAUCCUACCAGAGGUGAUCUGCCACCACUGCAACUUCUGCAGAGACCUUGACCUCUGCAAGGACCCAUCCGUCACUCAGGACGGCUCGGUGCUCCCUCAGUGGUUCUGCUCCAACUGUCAGGCUCAGUACGACACCGAUUCUAUAGAGAUGGCUCUGGUGGAGGCUUUGCAGAAAAAGCUGAUGAGUUACACUCUGCAGGACGUGGAAUGUUCGAAAUGCAGAGGGGUAAAGGAAGCCAACAUGCCUCUGUACUGUAACUGUGCAGGAGACUUCAAACUCACCUUCAGCACAAAGAGCUUUAAAGAGCAGGUUGCUGUUUUCCGCAACAUCGCCGCUCACUACAACAUGAACUUCCUCUUGGAGUCUAUAGACUGGAUUUUCAGGAUGAGCACUUAGUGUGAGUGGGUGUGUUGUGUGGCAUAAAAGUUGUGUAUUGUAUGUAAAUUGUCUUUUUUUUUGUUUUAUCAAUGUAUUGUGGAUAUAAUAUUUGUAGACAUCUUGAUCUAUUGAUCUAUUUUUUGUAGAAAAUGUUUUUGUACUUCAAUACAAAAUAAAAUCACAUUAU